AUGGCCACACAGCUCGCCUCCUGUGGGGUGGACAGCAGAGAAGGACUCGCUGGGGACCAGGGCCACGCCGGGGCAGAGAGGAAGGGCAAAGAGGGAGGCAGAGGAGGAGGAAAGGGCAAGCAGGAAGGGGGCUCCUGUUUGGGGGCCUCGGGCUCAGGCCCAGCCCACCCCACACCCCCCAUCCGGCCUGUCCCCCCUCACAGCCUGCUAGUCUGCUCCCAUCAACAGAGAGCCCCUCCGGACCCCGCAGAGCCCCUCCGGACCCCGCAGAGCCCCUCCGGACCCCGCAGAGCCCCUCCGGACCCCUCAGAGCGCCUCCGGACCCCUCAGAGCCCCUCCGGGCCCCGCAGAGCCCCUCCGGACCCCGCAGAGCCCCUCCGGACCCCGCAGAGCCCCUCCGGACCCCUCAGAGCCCCUCCGGGCCCCGCAGAGCAACUCCGGAUCCCGCAGAGCCCCUCCGGACCCCGCAGAGCCCCUCCGGACCCCGCAGAGCCCCUCCGGACCCCUCAGAGCCCCUCCGGACCCCUCAGAGCGCCUCCGGACCCCGCAGAGCCCCUCCGGACCCCUCAGAGCGCCUCCGGACCCCGCAGAGCCCCUCCGGACCCCUCAGAGCGCCUCCGGACCCCGCAGAGCCCCUCCGGACCCCUCAGAGCCCCUCCGGACCCCGCAGAGCCCCUCCGGACCCCUCAGAGCCCCUCCGGACCCCGCAGAGCCCCUCCGGACCCCGCAGAGCCCCUCCGGACCCCUCAGAGCCCCUCCGGACCCCUCAGAGCCCCUCCGGACCCCGCAGAGCCCCUCCGGACCCCGCAGAGCCCCUCCGGACCCCGCAGAGCCCCUCCGGACCCCUCAGAGCCCCUCCGGACCCCGCAGAGCCCCUCCGGACCCCUCAGAGCCCCUCCGGACCCCUCAGAGCGACUCCGGACCCCGCUGAGCCCCUCCGGACCCCUCAGAGCCCCUCCGGACCCCUCAGAGCGCCUCCGGACCCCGCUGAGCCCCUCCGGACCCCUCAGAGCGACUCCGGACCCCGCUGAGCCCCUCCGGACCCCUCAGAGCGCCUCCGGACCCCGCAGAGCCCCUCCGGACCCCUCAGAGCGACUCCGGACCCCGCAGAGCGCCUCCGGACCCCGCAGAGCGCCUCCGGACCCCUCAGAGCGCCUCCGGACCCCAGCCCCUCCGGACCCCUCAGAGCAACUCCGGACCCCUCAGAGCGCCUCCGGACCCCGCAGAGCCCCUCCGGACCCCGCAGAGCCCCUCCGGACCCCUCAGAGCGCCUCCGGACCCCUCAGAGCCCCUCCGGACCCCUCAGAGCAACUCCGGACCCCUCAGAGCAACUCCGGACCCCGCAGAGCGUCUCCGGACCCCGCAGAGCCCCUCGGACCCCGCAGGGCCCCUCCGGACCCCGCAGAGCCCCUCCGGACCCCUCAGAGCCCCUCCGGACCCCUCAGAGCCCCUCCGGACCCCUCAGAGCGCCUCCGGACCCCUCAGAGCGUCUCCGGACCCCUCAGAGCGCCUCCGGACCCCUCAGAGCGCCUCCGGACCCCUCAGAGCGCCUCCGGACCCCGCAGAGCCCCUCCGGACCCCGCAGAGCGCCUCCGGACCCCUCAGAGCGCCUCCGGACCCCUCAGAGCGCCUCCGGACCCCUCAGAGCGCCUCCGGACCCCGCAGAGCCCCUCCGGACCCCGCAGAGCGCCUCCGGACCCCUCAGAGCGCCUCCGGACCCCUCAGAGCGCCUCCGGACCCCUCAGAGCGCCUCCGGACCCCGCAGAGCCCCUCCGGACCCCGCAGAGCGCCUCCGGACCCCUCAGAGCGCCUCCGGACCCCGCAGAGCGUCUCCGGACCCCUCAGAGCGACUCCGGACCCCUCAGAGCGCCUCCGGACCCCGCAGAGCGACUCCGGACCCCGCAGAGCGACUCCGGACCCCGCAGAGCCCCUCCGGACCCCUCAGAGCGACUCCGGACCCCGCAGAGCCCCUCGGACCCCGCAGGCCGGCGCCCCGCAGGCCCGCGUCUGCGCAGCCCGCCCGUGGGCCGCACCGCGCCCGCCCCUCCCCGGGAGGCCGGCGCCCACGGAGGCCCCCCGCCGUCCGCCCUGCAGACCCCGGGCCCCUUCAGCCACGAGCCCCGGGGCGCGGCAGCGCUGCCGGGCUGGGGACAGGGCGCCGCCCCUCCUGCCCCGAGUACCAGGCGGCCAGGUCCUCCGGCGGCCUCAGCCCGCGCUCUGCCCGAGGCCGCACAGACCGCGCGGCCCGGGCUCCCGCCACUGGCGCCCCCUGGCGCCCGCCGCCGCGGCUCCCACUCGGGCCACAGGGGGCGCCCUUCCCCGCGGGCCCAGGAGGCCUGGGAUUGGUGCAGACGCUGCCCGUUGCUGGCGCUGGCCCGGCUGUGA